CCCGCUCUAAUUAAACCACCCCCGGCUUGCCAGUGCUCUUGUGCUUACUCUCUUGUUCCUCUUCCCGUCGGCUUCUUCCCCUUUACUCCCUCCUCCUCCUACUUACUCCACCGGCAGCCACCGCGCGCGGCGCCAAACCACAAACAAUUCAAUCUACUACGGCCGCUCCCCGCUCCGAUCCGCUCGCCAUGCGCGCCGCGGCGGCUUCCCCUUGGCGUUUCUCCUAGCCACACACACAUGACAUGGGCUCCCUCUUCUUCCCCUCUUCAUCUUCUUCUUCUUCUUAUCCUCCUUCCCAUGCCUCCGACUCCACCGCCUUCCUCCACCACCACCUGCUAGAUCACCACCAGCACGCCGCCGCCGCCAUGGUCCGCAAGCGCCCGGCGCCCGACAUGGACAACCUCCCCCCGCCGCGGAGACACGUCACCGGGGACCUCUCCGACGUCCUCGCCGCCGCCAACGCCGCCGCGCCACCACAGCAGCAGCAGCAGCUCCCCACCGCCCAGCUCCCCGCGCUCCCCACCCAGCUCCUGCCCCCGCCGACUCCCUUCCAGCACCAGCAACACCAGCAGGAGCAGCAGCACCACAUGGACGUGGCGGCGGCCAACCCGGGUGGCGUGGCGGCGACGACGGCGUUCGUGGACGGCAUCAUCCGCGACAUCAUCGGCAGCUGCCACGCCGGCCAUGGCGGCGGCGGCGUCUCCGUGGCGCAGCUCAUCCACAACGUCCGCGAGAUCAUCCACCCCUGCAACCCCGCCCUCGCCUCCCUCCUCGAGCUCCGCCUCCGCUCCCUCCUCUCCCCCGCCGCCUCCGACCUCCCCCCUCCCCACCCCUCUCUCCAAUCUCUCCCCGUCUCUCCGCCGGCGGCGGCACUCCCUCCCCCCCCGCCGCCGCCCCCCGACAAGCUCAUCUCCUCCCCACCUCCACAACCCGAAUCCCCAAAACAACCCCCACCCCCAACCCCAGAACAAACCGCCGCCGCCGCGCAAGCCGCCGCCAAGUCCCGCCGCGAGACGCAACUCCGGAAGCAGCGGGACGAGGAAGGUCUCCACCUCCUAACCCUCCUCCUCCAGUGCGCGGAAUCCGUCAACGCCGACAACCUCGACGACGCCCAGUCGGCCCUCCUCGAGAUCGCUGAGCUCGCCACGCCCUUCGGCACCUCAACCCAACGCGUCGCCGCCUACUUCGCAGAAGCCGUCUCCGCCCGCCUCGUCACCUCCUGCCUCGGCCUCUACGCGCCGCUCCCGCCCCACUCCGCGGCCGCCUCCAUCACCGGCGGGCGCAAGAUCGCGGCGGCGUUCCAGGUCUUCAACGGCAUCAGCCCCUUCGUCAAGUUCUCCCACUUCACCGCCAACCAGGCCAUCCAGGAGGCGUUCGAGCGGGAGGACCGGGUGCACAUAAUCGACCUCGACAUCAUGCAGGGGCUGCAAUGGCCGGGGCUGUUCCACAUCCUCGCUUCUCGCCCCGGCGGGCCGCCCAGGGUCCGGCUCACCGGGCUCGGAGCUUCCAUGGACGCGCUCGAGGCCACCGGGAAGAGGCUGUCGGAUUUCGCGGACACGCUUGGGCUGCCGUUCGAGUUCUGUGCUGUCGCUGAUAAGGCCGGGAACCUUGACCCGGAGAAGCUGCUUAAUGGCGGCGGCGGCGGCGGAGGAGGGGUGGGAAGGCGGCGCGAGGCUGUUGCCGUGCAUUGGCUCCACCACUCGCUCUACGACGUCACCGGGAACGACGCCAACACGCUGGGGCUCAUCCAGAGGUUGGCGCCGAAGGUGGUGACAAUGGUGGAGCAGGACCUGAGCCACUCGGGCUCCUUCCUGGCGCGGUUCGUGGAAGCCAUCCACUACUACUCGGCGCUCUUCGACUCGCUGGACGCCAGCUACGGCGAGGACAGUCCCGAGCGGCACGUCGUGGAGCAGCAGCUGCUAUCGCGGGAGAUCCGCAACGUGCUCGCCGUCGGCGGGCCGGCCCGCACCGGCGACGCCAAGUUCGUCGGCAGCUGGCGCGACAAGCUGGCCCGCUCCGGGUUCGGCCCGGCGUCGCUCGCCGGCAGCGCCGCGGCGCAGGCGGCGCUGCUGCUCGGCAUGUUCCCCUCCGACGGCUACACGCUCGUCGAGGAGAACGGCGCGCUCAAGCUCGGAUGGAAGGACCUCUGCUUGCUGACAGCCUCUGCCUGGCGCCCCAUGGUCCAGACCACGCCUUCCUCUUCUGCGCGCUAAGGAAGAAGAAGAAGAAGAAGAAGAAGAAGAAGAAGAAGAAGAAGGAUGAGCCUUCGUUCUAGAGAUGAGCUCCAUCGAUCUGCUGCAUUUUUAGCUGAGUUGUUUACUGCUGCUCUGCUAGUUCUUACACUUGGUUAGUUUUAGGGAGUAUGCACGCAGGCAGCUGCCUAGUUUCUUUUGCCUCUUGUUGAUUUAGCUGCUCGAAAUUCGGAUGAAAAGGAAAAACAAUCUGAUCACUAAUUAGUUGCUGGAUCUCUCCAUAGUGGUUAGUAGCUACUCCAGCUAGCUAGGUAGGCCCUCACUAAUGCUCAGCUUACUUUGUUCCAUGGUAGCCUUUGCUUUGCUUCAGAUCAUUCUCAACUGAAUUUACUACCACUACUACCAUUCUGCCCAAUUUGGCUACUUUCUU